AGGGACCCGCAGGGGAGGGGGAGCCGCAGGGGGCGCUCCUGGCACCCCGAUCCCCCCGGAGCCUGGCACAGCAAACCCUCGCCCCCCCCGCCCAAGCCAGCCGGGCGCUGGCAUGUGGCAGGCGGGGACAGGCAGCGCGUGCCGCCCGCAGCCCGCCCGCAGCCCGUGAGGAAGGCUCCUCUCCAUCGCCGCUGCCGCCUCCCUGCCCGCCGGCUCCGGGCUCUGCAGCAGCGCUCGCUCCCUCGCAGGCGGCGGCGGCUCCCCGCCCUCCAAGAUGCCCGAGCGGCGGCUGCCCGCACCGCCACGCUCCUCGGCCGGCUGAGGGAGCCGCGGGGGCAGCCCGCGCUGCGGCCCUUGCAGCCCGGUUCCCCGCCGCUCCUAUGGAGCCGCGGCUGGGCAGGCACCGGACGCCUCAGGCGAGCUGGUGGCACGCACGGGUUGCAGAGUGUCAAGCUGAUCAGCAUUCAAGUGGCGAUGAGUGAGCAAAGUGAAGUGAGAGAGGCGCGUGCAACUGGCAGUGGAAGCUGAGGAUGGUGCAUGGGGAGAGAGAGAGAGAAAGAGAGAGAGAGAUGGGAAGAAGCUGUUUGUGUUGCCUUGGGAUUUUUCCACUUUGAAACCUACCAGGACCAGUUGCUACGAAGCAUGAAGCAGGUGGUGAUGGCUAUGAUGAUGAGGAAAGGCUGUUUCUAAAUGACUGGGCUGCAGCUCCCUCAGAACACAAGCAACAAAUGGCAGCGGGUUGUGGCCGGGCUGCAGCAGCAGCAACUGCAACUCCCAGGUUUAUUUUUAAGAAGAACACUGACCAUGAGGAAGUCCACUUGUUAGUCCAUUUUUGCUAAUUCUGCUGAAGAAAAUGAAGCUACGCUUUGGCUGUACAGAAUCCUUUACCACCACUGUUGGGUAAAUGAGAAAUGGUCGUGUGAUUAUGCUGACAUCCCAGCAUGCAUUUGGUAGACCUGUGGUUAACUCGUUCCCUCUCCAUGUGUCUACUCUUACAAAGUUUUGUCCUCAUGAUACUGUGCUUUCAUUCUGCCAGUAUGUGCCCAAAAGGCUGCCUUUGUUCUCAUUCUGGAGGUUUAAAUGUCAGUUGUAGCAAUGCAAAUCUCAAGGAAAUACCCAGAGAUCUUCCUCCUGAAACAGUCUUACUUUAUUUGGACUCCAAUCAGAUAACGUCAAUCCCAAAUGAAAUUUUUAAGGACUUGCAUCAACUGAGAGUUCUCAAUUUAUCCAAAAAUGGUAUUGAAUUUAUAGAUGAACAUGCCUUUAAAGGAGUGGCAGAAACCUUGCAGACUUUGGACUUGUCUGACAACCGGAUUCAAAGUGUGCACAAAAAUGCUUUCAAUAACUUAAAGGCCAGAGCCAGAAUUGCAAACAAUCCUUGGCACUGUGACUGUACUCUGCAGCAGGUCCUGAGGAGCAUGGCAUCCAACCAUGAAACAGCCAACAAUGUCAUCUGUAAGACUUCUGUGUUAGAUGAACAUGCUGGGAGACCGUUCCUCAAUGCUGCCAAUGAUGCAGAUCUUUGUAACCUUCCUAAAAAGACUACUGAUUAUGCCAUGCUAGUCACCAUGUUUGGCUGGUUCACCAUGGUGAUAUCCUAUGUUGUUUAUUAUGUUCGGCAAAAUCAAGAGGAUGCAAGAAGACACCUUGAGUACUUGAAAUCCCUGCCAAGCAGGCAAAAGAAACCAGAAGAAGCUGAUGACAUUAGCACUGUGGUAUAGUAUCCUGAAUACAACUGACUUUGAGAUGGCAAUUAGAUUUGGAUGGCACUAAAACCAGAGGUUUACUUCUAACAUUCAUUGUAAACAUUUAAGACUUUUUUUUUCAGUUUAACUGAAUUAUGCCACUGUUGAUCUUUCUAACAAAGGUUUUUGUUUGGGUAGUAUAGCUUAAUUGCUUCUCUGGUGGUAUUCUAAAGUAAGUAAACUAAUAUGUAAACAUUAGUUAGACCCAUUUAAUAACAAAAUUUAUUUUUUUAAUUUAAAACCGAAUAAAAGCUUAACUUUGAACCAUGUUAAACAGAGUAAUUUAUUGAUCAGAAAUCUGUCUAGUGACUAAACCUGUUUGGUUUGUCAAUAUUAAUAAGAUUAAAAAUAGCAGUAAUACUGUGAGUCAUAACACUCAUAAAAUCUCGGGAACUCCAGUUCACAGCCAGGGGCUGCUCUUGAUUUACUCGGAGGAAAUCAAAUGAAGAGCUGAUGAAUAGUAGCCCUUUUGUUGUUCCCCUUUCAAAAGGAAAGGGGAAUGGAGGUGGGGAGAGCAGGUAGACAGUAAGUUCCUGUGGGUUUAAGAAACGGAAGAUAUGAUGUGCUCUGAAUAGCACUUCAACUGAGCUAAGGAGCAGCAGCCGUGAGGAAGCCUGCACUUCAGGAUGCCACAGCCAAUUGGACAGAUAUGUGUUGGAUUGAAACCCAAAGAAGAGGACCCAGCAUGCAGCACAAACAGAAGUCUGUGAAAGGACAUAUACAACCUCGCCUGAGGAUUUGGAGAAGCGUUUCCUACUAGCAGACCUGAUGGAGCUGCUCCUAGCGAACAUUUGACAGUGGUUCCUAACUCUUUUUUUUUUUUUUAACUGCACUGGUUUACCAGACUGAGCCCUCAGCUCUUCUAUCCUCUCGUUCAAUUGUGUGUGCUCUAACAAUGCAACUUGUCUUACGAUCAUGAGACUGGGAACCAGGCAGCCUCAAACGUGGAAAUUCAGAUCCCAUCUAGGCCGCAGGAUUCUAUGAUGGCAGGAGAAGUGGUGAAAUAAUGUAAGCCACGUAAGUGAAUGUUCAGCAAUUAUGGGGGAAAAGGGAUUUUUAGUCAGACUGUUUUAUACUUCGGGGUUUGUUUUUAGCAUCUAUUUUCCUUCAAUGACUAAUUGACAUAUUUGAUAAAGGAGCCCUAUGUUAAAGAUUCAACACCCUUUCUCCUUCAGUUAAAAACUCAAAAUAAACGUCCCAGAGCCCUCCCAGUGGUUCUUCAGCAAAACCAGGGAAGACCAAAGUCUCUCUGAUAGUUCUAAAUGUAAAUAACAAUCAGGAAUUUUUUUAAAAAAUAUCACUCACUUUAUACGUCAUAAAAGAGGGGAAAGGACACAAUUCCCACUUUUAAAGAAAUUCUUUGCAGGUCAGCUUUCAGGAAGGCAUGUUUUGUGUAGAAGGUUUUUCUAUUGAACAUAUGUUUGCCUGAAGUCCCAACCAUUUCAAGCUGAUCUGAAUUGCAGCUCUAAGUCUCUGUAUUAGGACCAGAUUUACAGUACCUCAAUCAAACUUUGAUUGAGGUAUUGUAAAUCUGGUCCUAAUACAGAGCCUUAUAGAGGGAUUACUCAAAUCAGCUUGAAACUGAUGGGAAUUAAAAACCUGGGUUAGAGAACUUCAGAUUGUCUAAAUUAAGUCUUUGAAAAUGAAUACAUAAAUGCAGACGUGCAGUAAUCAAAAGAUUUAAAUGAAAAAGAAACAUUUCAGUUUUCACACUGCAUCAUGUUUUAGGUAUUUCCAAAUUAUUUUAGAAACAAUGAAGAAAACCUGAAGACUUCUAACCCUAGUUUUGAGAUUCAUUAUCAUAUAUUAUAAGGAAAAAAGUAGUCCCUUGUCAAUGUAACAUUUGCAGUGGGAAGUGAAGCCACUUAAAAUGUGGUAUACUUUUUUAUGGCUACCCUACAUUUUAAAAAUAUUAAGUCUGAUAGGGAAAGUGGGGCUUGCCCAAGAAGCCUUCUCCACCAUUUGCAAUGUGCUGGCAAAGCAUGAUCACAAUCACAGUCUCUGCUUUUAGGGGCACUUGAGGGCUGCUCCUUACCUGCACUGACGGGAGCUCAUAUCACACUAAAGCAGGCAGGGAGAUAGCAAAGCCCCAGCUCUGUUUCCCCUCUUCAUCAGUUCAGUGCAACCAGAGGAGUAGAGUCUACCAGUGUAAGGGGAUGGGUGGGGUGGGAGGUCCAGCCCUUGCAAUCUCUCUGCACACCAGGGAGCAAGGCUUUGUGCAGUUUGUUCAGUCUAGCCAAUUGUUAGCUUCCACACAGUGAACCCCUGUCGGGUUCUAUAAUAACCAGUCAUAUUGUACUUUAUUAUGGAGAUCAUAUUUUUUCCCUCUGUCAGUCCCUGUCUUCAGGGAUUGAAAGUAGAAUCUGAAGCCCUUGGACUAAGUGUAGUGCAGAUCAUUGCUGGAGAGCUGUCAAGAAUUCCCAUCAGAGGCUAAGCUUGUAGCAUGUUUUGCAUGCAAUCAAAAACAGCUAUUGCACAUCACCGGAUAUUUUGUAUGCUCUUCAGAGCACUGUCUCCAUCUGUGUUUGGAAAGCGUUUUGUGCGCUUUGGAUGCUACCGCAUUCUAAACAAUGUACACAUGUUAAUGGUGCCAGUUGGUUGCUACAUUUGGGAGCAGCUGAACAAGUGCCUUCUGCAAUGCUUUCUUCUCACAGAAAGCCGCAGGUGUGGGCGGGCUGUAGGACCCAGAAGCUAUGACAGUUUGGCCACUUAUUUAACUGCCUAAAUAUGGGUUUUGAUGUCUUAUAUGGGGUAGUACGGUUUGAAAAUGAGGGUCUCAUACAUAUUCUAAAGGAAGGUACAUUAGAUGUUUUGAGAGAAACAAGGUGGGUGAGGCAAUAUCUUGUAUUGGACCAACUUCUGCUGGUGAGAGAGAGAAACUUUUGAGCUUCCACAGAGCUCUCCAGGUCUCUGCCAACAACACUGCAUACCUUAGAUGCCUGACAGACAAAUCAAGUAGUAUCACACUAGAGAUGUCUAACAUUUUUUAAAAGAUUUCAGUUGUGCCCUUUGAAUCCAGCAGGAAGUUUCACUGACGUAUUUGUAAACUUUGCACAUCUCACAAGCCCGCAAACAUAUGCGGAAUGACUUGGUGCCAUCUCACAGAGAAACAAACUUGUAAGGGGCGUUUGCUGCCUCUGAAGUGGAGCAGGUGAGGUGCCAUCUCCUCUUCUCCAUUCCAUGCAGUCAACUGUGGGGGAAAUAGGGGUGGGGGGAAAUCAAGGAGCGAGGUCAGAAAGCACAUUCAACAGCAGGUCACAGGUAGAAAUGUAUUGGUCUGACUGUACUCCACUGUAGCAGUAAAGUACUCAUUUCAGUGGAAUGGCCAGCCCCCUGGACUGUAUGCAAUCACCUGAGCACGGCCAGUGCUGGGAAUGUAUGUUGUGGGUGCACUAGGCCAUUCCAAUACUGUAAUUAGAGCAUCAUUACCUAGUGUGGAUUCAGUAUUCUACAUAGAAAAGGAUACAGUCAGUGUACAUGGAAUGAGUGCUGUUCUGAAUAGGUUCUAAAGAUAUUUUACCAUAGAAAGCUGGAAGCUCAUUCUAGUUUUUUAUUAAUGUGUUUGGGAUUUUAUUUUUAUCUUGGUUUUUUUUAAGUACAUUAACACCUCCUCUCCUCUUUUAUUUAUUUAUUUAUUUUAGUUAAAAAUUGAUUUCCUAACAUCAUGCUAUGCAUAACUGCAUCUUAAACAAAUGAAAGGAAUUAGCCUCAUCAAGACCAGAAGGGCCCAUUAUGAUCACCUAGUUCAGUGGUUCUCAAACCUUUGUACUAGUGACCCCUGUCACACAGCAAGCCUCUGAGUGUGGCUCCCCUUAUACAUUAAAAAUACUUUUAUAUAUAUAUAUUUUACACUGUUAUAAAUGCUGGAGGUGAAGCAAGGUUUGGGGUGGAGCUUGACAGUUCGCGACCCCCCACAUAAUAACCUUGUGACGCCCUGAGGGGUCAUGACCCCCAGUUUGAGAAUCCCAUACCUAGUCUGACCUCCUGCACAUUGCAAGACACAGAACCUCACCCACCCACUCCUGUGAUAAACCCCUAACCUCUGGCUAAUAAAUCAUGAGUUGAAGACUUCAAUAAAGAACUUAAAGUUACAGAAAAGCCACCGUUUAAACCUGAAAGUGACCUGUGCCCCAUGCUGCAAAAAAUGACUUAAAAUCCCAGGGUUUUUGCCAAUCUGACCGAGGGGAAAUGCCUUCAACCCCAAAUACGGCAACCAGUUAGAUUCUGAGCAUGUGGGCAAGACCUACCAGACAGAAUUAAAUAUUUCCAACUCAUGGGUGUUGUUUGUAAUGCUUCCAGUACAUUGAUACCUGUACAAGAGAACACCCUAGCCAUCAAUCAAAUCUCCUGUUUUCAGAAACCACCCCGAAACAUACUGAGUGCAAUUCUACUCCAUGUUUAUUAAUCCACCUUUGUUCGGCAACCUAUUUGUGUCAGUCCCUUGUCAACACUUAAGACAGAUUUACUGUCAAUAUGAAGGAAGCACAACCUGGUGAUUAUUAAAUGAUAGUAUUGUGAUUCAAGAGAUGCAGAUUCUAGUAGAACUGGGAGGAAAAUACAAAGUGUUUUGCAACCAUUUUAGUAACUUUUUUUUUGGUUGUGUUAGUUAUUGAAAUAUUAUUUUGACAAACUUUUGGCCCAGCUCUAAAUUUUAUUCUUGGCUUCACCACAAGCUGCCUCUAAUCUCAUAUCACUUCUCUAAGCCUCAGACUCCCCAUCUGUUAAAUGAGAAUAAUAAUUACACAGGCCACCGAGAUGCUGUGAGAUGUAAUUCAUUAACACUUCCAGAGCACUUUGAGAUCCUCAGAUUAUUUAUUAUUAUGUGUAUUAGUCUAACAUCAGAGGCCCCAGUCAGGACCCAGGCUCUGUUCUGCUUGGUAUUGUACAAGACAGCCUGUUCAUCAAAGAUUUUACAGUCUAGUUUCAGACAAGAUGUGGAUAUAACAGAUAAUAGGGUGCAAUGGGAGAGGGAGGACAAAAGGAAUAGUGAUAGGAACAUGUGGUGAUAUGGACCAGCUAUGUGCAUAGCUAGAUGGUUUAUAAGAUGUAACUACUCAAAUAAAAUAGGUACAAGUCAGUCCUACUGGCCAUAUCACCUGGUAAUUUCCUACUGCAACCCACAACAGAAGUGGAUCUUAAGGAGCUGGAAGAGGACAAGAUAGUGGCUUCACAGAGUAGCGCAGGAAGGGCAUUUCAUGCAAAAGGGACAGCAUGGAAGAAAGCACUAAACCAUUGGAUGAAGAGGUGGACAAACAGGUCUUAUGGAAAUUGCUACACAAAUGCAAAAGAUCAUCAUUAGUAGUAUAUUAUCCCCGUUCCAGUGGGUUUUCAUUAUAUAUCAGUUCAGAUUUAAUCUUGGUAAAUUCUUCAUUUGUUUCUCAUGAAGCAUUUUGAGUACAGCUGUGCAAAACUUAAAAAAAAUAAUGAAAAUCUUUGCUGUUAUUUAAAUAGCUCGUGCAAUAGUUGACAUUUUUCAAAAAAUUAUGAAAGCUAUUUGAACAUUUUUCAACUAGCUCAAACCUUGUUAAUCACAACUAGUUUUAUUGGUGAAGAUGCAAAUUUAAGGAGUUGUCAUUUAUGACAAAGUAUAUUGCCUUACCAUUUUUGAAAAAUAUGAUAGGGAUUUGUAUGUUGCAUUACUGCUCUUUUGGAAAACUGAUCCAUACGUUACUAACCAGUAAGACGUUUACCUUAGUUUUAUUGGAUUUUAAUCUAUACAGUUCCAAAACAGGCAGGAUGUACCAAAGGGGUGGUUUUAGCUGGUUAAAAAAUUAAUUGAAUGCCAUUUAAAGUGAUGUAACUCUUUCUGACUCUGCUAGUCCUUCAGAAAUAAUGCACUCACAUGGCUUGCAGUUAUCUUCAGGAAGGUUACUGGCAUUCAAUUUUGUGAAUAUACAUGUUUCCAAAGCCAUCAAUAAGUUUAAAUUAAACAAUGUGUAUUGGCUAUGCGCAGAAAUCAUUUCUUAGCCAGGUAGGACUGUUCCACAAUACAAGUAAAGAUCUUGUACUAUUAUGCUCUACUAAAAUAUAAAGCUUUGCAAAGACUAGGCUUAUAGGAGACUGCUCACCUGCAAAUGUGAACAAUGGACGCUGAGACACAUGAAUAGAUCUGAAGCAAGCUCCUUUAUAGGAUUUUAGAUUUAGCGACAGUGGGAGGAAAACACUUUCAACUGCAGUUAUUUUAGUACCACUUGACAAGUGGAAAGAUCCUGCUUUAAGAGAGAGUUUUAAGGCCAGAGCCUCAGCAGACUUUAAUUGGUAUUGUUCUUUUAAAGUCAAUGGAGCUAUGCUGAUUUAUAGUUGCUGAGGAUCAGAUGCUUAGUCUUUGACAAUAAGGUAAAUGAGAAUGCUGAGACUGGCUCUGUGAUAUGUAUAUAACAGCUAUUGCAUGAAAGUGGGUUGUGCUGAAAAGCUCCAGGACUGUGAUUACUUCCUUCAGUAGAUACUAAUAUUUAAGCUGAAUUGUACACAGCAUCCAAAGCUUUUAUAUGAUAAGUUUCAAAUGAAAACACAGUUUUUACUUUCAACUGCUUAGUGAAAUGUCAGCUCUUAAAGCAUAAGAUUCAACAAUGAUGUUGGCCUAGGAAAACCAGAAAGCGCUCUUCUCCUCAUACGAGUUUUCUUCCUAAUCUUGGAACAGAAAUGGAGUCAGUCUUCAUUUAUGAAACUGCUCACUGGAGUAAAUGCUCUACCAAAAGAAAAAAUUAAAGUCGCCUCAUUUUCUAUGUUUAAAAAGAUACUGUUGAAUGAAUCACUUCAGUGAAAAUUACCCAGCCUCAGCUCAGUAAUAAGUAAUGAAGAGGGGUUUUGAAACAGGAAAAAUUGAGACUAGUAUUUCACUUUACACACAUUGAAGCUAAAAUUUCAGCUUCAGUGGUUUUAGAGUUGAAGUAUGAUUUUUCACUUAGAUUUUAACUCUCACAUUUUGGUUCAUUUUUCUAUACAAUAUGUAGAAUGGCCACUGUUAAAAAUUUGCCAGUUGCCAUCAAAAACUAAAGAACAUCCCCUCAGUAGUACUGCAAAGACUGAGGUAACUAUAUUUACAGAAAAACUAGCCAAGUUUGAAGGGUGACCACUGUAACCUGAUCAGAUAUCUCUCAGGCUGAGCUCAGUUGACUUCAGUAUUUGUUCUAAUUUAGCUACUGGCAUUCCAAAAAUACACCCAUGAAGCAAAAUAUAAACAUGUCCCUUUCUUUUUUUUAGGAUUGUCUGUAACUGGGACACAGACUCUGAAUACGUGAGUUAAUUCAGAAACUGUUAAAGAAUAUAGUUGUCCAGGUGUAGUCUGCAUUUCUUAUUUCUUUUUUUAUUUUCAGUUUAUCACAACUCUGUCCACAGAGUGUAGUCCAUAACGUUAGGCGCUUUGGUGAAUGUUUUCGGACAAAUGCUAUUUUUGUCCCUGCUUACCAUAAAUAUAUGCAGCCAGAGUAAAUCACUUAAUAACACUGACGUCCAUGGAUUUACACCAACUGAAGAUCUAGCCCUCAGUGUACUUAUCUGAAUGUUUUGCUUUUGUUCUCUUCUAUUUAUAGAUCAAUUACUGAGUUUCCAUCACAUUACACAACUGAAGAGAACACCUGUCCUUUUAUUUAUAUCCUAGUCUCUUCUGAGUUCCUGUCUCUGCUGUUUUCUGGAUGCCUCUCACUGUAACUGUUUUCUGUUUCAUGCCAUUAAUUUUGACUGCAUCUCAUUACAACAUUUCCUGAUUUAACCUAAAAUCUCUGUUUAUGACCCUUAAUCCCUUUGAGAUGGUGAUCGCUGCUCCAUCAGUCAAAGGAGAUACACCGUUAGAUGGGUUGAUCAGUGCCCAGAGCAAUUUCUUAGAGAAUUAUUUGUAUUUUUAUCCUUUAAAAAUAAACAAAUGAUGAAGCACCUGUAUCAGUGUAAAACUAGACUUGUUAUCAUGGGGGUGACUAGUUUUACAUAUAUUUCUGGAGGAAUUCACAUCUGAUUUAUCAGGGAGCUAUGCGGUGAGCAGACUCUUCUUGAAACAGGAUAUCAUCCUGAUUACUAUCCUUGAACUAGCUGCACUACAUUUAAUGCUAUUAAGUUAGUUUAGUAUCAGCUGACAUAAGCCAAAUAUUUUCUGUAGGUUGGAUUUUGCCUGGCCCCUACACGCAUGCCCAGUGCUAGGGAAGUACAUAAAGAGCCUCUCCUUCUCCCACAACCCCAGCUUGUGUGUUCCAUAUAAAGACAGGCAGAAUUUACUCCAUUCAGGGGCCACACCACUCUACUCCCCUACUCUCUGUUUCCCCAGGGAAACGUACCAAAGGAGGUGAGGAGUCAGGAUAUGGCUCUGUUCCCCUUUCCCAAUCACCUGCCAGCAGAACUGGCCAGCCAUGUGAGAGGCAUGCAGUGGGGAGUAGAACAGUGGGCAUCUGACCUUCAAAGAGACUCCGCUUUGAGAAUCUGGCCCACAGUAUCAGAUUUGAACAUCUAGAACUAACACUCUCCAGUGUGCAGUGUUUGAUUAAUACCGAAACAGGAUUGUGGGGAGGUGUCUCUUUAUUAUUUAUCAUCUGACCUCUCCUCUGUUUGUUGUUUGUCUCCCAUGUUGUAGGAGGUGACUAUUCUUGUGCAUUGUAAUGUUUUUUUUUAGAGAAUUGUUUGUAUUUUUAUCCUUUAAAAAUAAACAAAUGAUGAAGCACCUGA